UAACCAAUGCAAAGUUGAUCAGUUAAAAGAGACGAAAAUGAGUUAAUCCUUUUUUGUUCUUUUGUUUCGCAUGCAACAACUUUUGUGUUUAGUUUUUUCGAUGCCCGAUACCAAGGUCGCGGCCUUCAAUCGAUGAACAAUUAAAUACGUGUGACCAGUGUCCACGUAUGGACUAUUUUUGAUACGUUUUUAUCAUAAGUGCCAACUAUCGUUAAGCUUUACAAGGACUUUGUGUUUGUUUGGGGGCAAUUUUUGAUACAAUAUUCACCUUCAUGGAAUAUGGGCAUCUGUUUAGACCGUGAACAAAAAAAUGAAGACUUCGAGACGGGAGCAGAGAACAGUCGCCGAGACAGCGCGUGGCCGGCCACUCCGUCCGGCGUCGCCUUCCCCAUGCAGAACUCCAGCUACGUCAAGUUUGAACCGCCCUCUGUACCCGUCAUCUUUGUCUUGGGCGGGCCGGGCAGCGGCAAGGUGACCCACUGCGACACGCUGGCGCACGAGCGGCGCGGCGUGGUGCACGUCAACAUGACCGACCUGCUGCAGCAGUACGCCAUCGGCAAUGAUAUGCAAGACUUCGGCACGCUGUCCAGCAAGACGGUGACAGAGGUGCUGAUGCUGGAGAUGAAGAUGGCGCCAACGGCCAGCACCUACCUGGUCUCCGGCUACCCGCGCUCCAUGCGAGACGUGGCCGAGUACUCCGACAAAAUACAGACAAUAAGCGGCGUGGUGCUGGUGAGCUGGCGGCAGCGCGUGCUGGAGCGGCAGAUCGAGUACGGCGCGAGGCUCGGCCACGUGGUGCUGAGCCUGGCGCGCAUGGAGCUCAACAACUUCUACAAAAGCGUCAUCCCCGUCGCCGACUACUUCGACCAGAGCAACAUGCUCAUUGCGGUGAACGGCGAACGGAACCCCGAAGAAGUUUACAAGGACUUUCGGGCAGCGGUGUUACAGAUUUUGGGAGCAGUCGAAGAACAGAACAUGAAUGGUGUUGGAAUUGGCCCUCGUGUAAUACCAGGUGAAAUUAUAGGCGUGGAACCGGUACCGACGAGGAACCACAACGGGAUGUUCACGCAAGACGUGGACAUUGACGACGAGCCUCUACCGUCCACCAUAGCGCCGACCGUUCCACCAGUACCCGUGCAUAUUGAGACGAUGCCAAAAGUCGCCAGUAUGCCAAACGCUACGCAGAUUCCGAAAGUCAUGCCAGUGAAUGGCAUCGACAGGGUUGUCAGUCCUAAGACAGAAGUCAUUCGAGUCCGUGGGACCAAAACUACAGUACCCCCUACACUAUGGGUGGUAGGCGGACCUGGCAGCAACAAGUCAGCUUUGUGUGACGGUUCCAUAUUACAAAGAGAUGGCUGGGCUCAUUUCAGCUUGGGACAACGCCUUCGAGCGUUAGCAGACGCUGGUGGUGGACCAGCCUCGGACGGUGCCAUCGCUCGCACGGCCAUCAGCGGGGGAGAACUGGUGCCAAGAGACCUGGUCACCAAGCUCGUGGUAACAGCUGUCAAUGAUGCAGCGCGGAGUGGAACUGGGAUCGUCCUGGAUGGAUAUCCCAGGGAUGUUGAACAGAUGGAAGAGUUUGAGAAUGAGUUCAAAAUCGAGCCUCGCAUGGUUCUUCUGGACUGUUCGAAGCUGCAACUUGGGCGAGGUCGAAGGGACGACUCUGUGGCUGCCUUUAGAAGACGGCUGGAAGUAUUCCGAGAACUGAGCUUGCCCAUGCUUAAGAGCUUAGACCAGCAACAUCGGCUAGUUAUUGUGGAUGGUGACACAGACUCCUCAGAUGUUCAGGCCGAGUUCACGCGGGUUCUUCUAGAAGAGAUGGAGAAAGCGGAGGCGAUAGCUACUAUUCCACAGCCGGACACAAAUAAAACUAUCCAAGGAACAGUGGUGCAACAGUUCGCUCACGCAGUGUCGCGCGUCGGCGUGGGCGUGGCCAACGGGGUGACGCGGAACGGCGCGCUGCCCAACGGCACGUUGCCCAACGGCACGCUGCCCAACGGCACCGUCGGCAACGGCUACAUCUCUAUGGGUAACAAUAAGGUUAAACCAAUGCUGAACAACGUCCCCAAAGUGCCGACCGUCUCCCAGGUGACACACGACCAAGUCCGGAGGCUGUACGAGCAGAGCACUGGGGAGAUCACCAUGAAUACUCAUAUGUAAAAAUGAUAUAUGUUACAACGUCGCUGGGACGAAAUGUGAACGAGCUCUUGAGGUUCCUCACGUUUAUAAAAAGGAUGACUUAUGCUACAAUGUGUCGAGUACGAACCGUGCCCGCGCCUUGGACCUGC